CGAGAGUGGCUGUGCUGAUAGACCUCCUGCAAAAAGUACCGGACCAUAGAGGCAUUGACUUGCUCUCGACCAAUCGCAACCCAUCCCGGACUCGACUUGCAUAUUGUCUUCACUCGACAAACGACGAAAAUGCUGUCCCUCAAUUCCACCUCGAGCGCCCAGAAGCGACGCCAACUCCAUCGCCGACAACAAUCGCUCGAAGUGCCCCCUCCCCUGACCAACCCUCUUCCUGCCCUCACCCGAAAGACUACCCGACCAGCCAACGAGCAACAUCGACGAGGCCUCAGUCUCGACCAGAGUCUGGGUAGACUUGACUCGGCCACCGGAUUUCGCCCACUUCCCCCGCAGGACCAAACUCAGGACCAGGAACCAUUCCAAGGAACUUCGCCCAUACGGAUUCAACUGGACACCACUAACCUAGGACACCAACACCCACAGCAUUACGUGCAAGAAACGCAGCAGCACAGACCAGCCCAGCCGGGCUACCAGGCGCAGGACUUUCAGUCGCACCUCCAGCAGCAACUGAAAGGAAACAUCAACUCCCCCUCCACCCCCACCAUCAUCGCCCCCAUUCCCACUCAUCCCAACCAAGAACAAGCCCUCCAAGACCUCCAACAGCAUCUGGAGUGGUAUCAGAGCAACUUCGGUCAAUCACCGUCACCCGUUCCCGUCAUGCAGGCCGCUCCAGCUUUCACAGUCACUCCUCAGAUGACGACCAACAUGCAGAUGAACGCUGUCGAGGCCCAAGGCACACCGCACCAAUUCGUGGUCACCCUGCCGCAGACACCCGUCUCUCACAACCAGCCACGCACGGUCCCGAACACGCCUCAGCAGUACGUUCAGAACUGGCCCAGCCCUCCGGCGACAGCUCCAAAGCACCUUCGCAGCCAAAGCUUCCAACUGGACGUCGCCCCAAUGCCCAACUCACCGUACGGCCACGACUCGUUCACUGCCAGCACUGAUCACAUCUAUGGCUCUUCCGUCUACUCCUCUUCCAACGUCGACCCAGCGUCACCAGGCCGUAGCUACAAUGGAGCCUCAAUGCCCACGCUCUUUGAAGAGCCAGCGCAUCCAAUGCAUGGAGCACUGCUCCUCCAAGCCACCGGUGGAGCGUCCGACGACUUCAACAGCCCCAACUUCAUCGUCGGCAUGGGCUUGUCUCCUCACUCAGCGAUGAUGCAAAACAUGGGCGAAGACGUCAACGCCACCAUCGUCGACACUGGCGUUCCAGCGGAAGAAGUCGACAUGAACAUCUCUGCUCAGGACGAGAAGACCAAGAACUGGUACUGCCUCUACGAGCUUGACAAUGGCAAGACAUGCGGCAAAUCGUUCAAGCGCAAGGAGAACGCGCGCUCUCACGUCCAGAACCACAUGGGUGAUCGCCAAUUCCAAUGCAAUGACUGCGGCAAGACCUUCGUCCGUCAGCACGACAUGAAGCGCCACGCAGCCAUUCACAAAGACGACCGUCCCCACAUAUGUCCCUGCGGUAGCAAAUUCGCUCGGCACGACGCCCUCACCCGUCACCGUCAGCGCGGCAUGUGCAAAGGCGCGCUCCCCGGCUACGAGAAGUCGGAAGAAGAGAAGCCCAAGCGCGGCCGUCCCAAGAAGAACCGGCCAGACGAGAAGACCCGCACAACCAAAUCCAACAAAGCGCGUCAAAUGGACUACGACAACAGCAUGGCCCUGACCGCCGCCAUCUCCAACGCAGACUACUCCUCGCCCAACAGCUCGGGCAUGAGCGAGCACAGCCUCCCCAUGACGCCCCCGGACACCUCCGACUUCGACGCCGACGCCUUCAUCAACAUGGCCAACCACACGGAAGUCGACUACGACCAAAUGGCCGUCGACCAAUACAGCCACUGGCGCGACACCCCGCCCACCUCCCCCGCCACCUCGCACCACAAUCCCAUCAAGACCAUCUCGCCCGCGCUCCUCAACAACCAAGGCUUCACAGGCGCCUCCAGCCCCCUCAGCCAGCCAGAGCACUACGGCGCUGUCGACUCGCAGCCCCAUGCGCCCUUCCAGCGCCUCGCGUCACCCGAGUACGACUCCACGAACGGCAGCAGCCCGUACAACGGCGACGAGCCGGUGGACAUGCACGAUGUGAGCUGGAGCUCGCUCCUUCAGCACGACAAGGAGGAUUCGGUGUUCUUCAGCAAGGAUACUGAGGUGGCGACUGCUGCUUCGCUCGGUCCGAUGCUGGAUCAGUGGCUUGCGACUCAUUAGCGUUGCCGCGUCGGCGGAGGUGUACGAUAAUGGACAAGUCUCAACGCGCACAAUGAAGAAAGUGAUGGACGGAC